UUUACUUGCAACACUUUUCUCGCAAUAAAAACGUUCUGUAUCACAUAUUUAUCAAAGAUGCAAGGAGCUCAAGAGGACUUGACUCUGUCUUUGAGUAUCACGCCAGUUAAUCGAAUAGUUUCUCAGAAACCCCAACCCUCAGUGAUGCCUCUAGGCUUGGUUGCUCCUUAUCAUCAACAAGCAUUUGACAUCAACCAUAUGUUACAGAACCAGAUGACAAGAGAACUGUGUACUCAACUAAGGAGUAUGGAGGAAAGAGCCGUCUUUUUUAUGAAACUUAAAGACAAAGCCAUCGAAGACAUGAGGAAACAUUCUGUAGAAAUGGAUAUUCGUCUUAGAAAAGCAUUAGCAGAAGUCGAAUUCUGGAGGAAAACGUCGGAUGAGAAAUCGGACUUGUGCAGAGAUCUCGCGGGAAGGCUUUUGAAAGUGAGAAAGAGAGAGAGGGCGAUGAAAGGUAUUGACGAGAAUAAUGCGGCAGAGGAGGCUGAGUCGUCCACUGGUGAAAAUGGAGAUGAUCCUUUCGACACAGCAAGGACCCGUUUGUGCAAACGUCGCCGUCUUUGAAAUUGGCGGGAUUUGAAAAUUGUGACUCUUAUAGUUACGUGUGUUUUUUUUUUUGUAUGGACGUCUGGUUAAAAUGUUCCCACUUCCUAGAGUUGUUAUGUAACCAACGCUGUAUAGGAAGAGAGAAGCUUUUGAAAAGAAGUCUAAUUAUUCUAUAAUGUAUCAUGAACAUGGUUACAUUUUUUUUUUAAAA